GCAUGGCGCCCGGAACCGGCUGCCGCAGGGACCCGCUCUCCGGCCCGGCCGCGUGGGGGCGGAGCCCGGCCUGCAGCUGCGAGGACCGCAGCGGCGGGAGGUGGAGUCUCCGUCCGGAAGCCUGCGAUUCGCGGCCAUGGCGGUGCCGGCCCGCGGCUUUUCCCUGCUCCGCCGUCGCCUGGGCCGCGUGUUGAUGCUCGGCGGGAGCGUGGUGCUGCCCCUGGGGGCGCCGGGAGCAGCCGGCUGCGCGUCCCGGGGUUUUCGGAGCAGCGGCGUGAGACAUGAUGCCAUCAUUAUCUCAGGAACUGAAAUGGCCAAACAAAUCCAGAAAGAAAUACAGAGAGGUGUGGAAUCAUGGAUUUCCCUUGGGAACAGAAGACCUCACCUCAGUAUCAUUUUAGUGGGUGAUAACCCAGCAAGCCACACGUACGUCAGGAAGAAGAUCAGAGCUGCGUCUGCUGUAGGGAUCCGUAGUGAGAUCAUUCUAAAACCAAAGGAUGUUUCUCAGGAAGAACUUUUGGAUAUAACUGAUCAAUUGAAUAUGGACCCACGAGUCAGUGGUAUAUUGGUUCAGUUACCACUACCAGACCAUGUGGAUGAGCGAACAGUAUGUAAUGGAAUUGCCCCUGAAAAAGAUGUAGAUGGAUUUCAUAUUAUCAAUAUUGGAAGACUGUGCCUUGACCAGAAUUCUCUCAUACCGGCCACUGCCAGUGCUGUUUGGGAAAUAAUCAAAAGAACAGGGAUUGAAACAUUUGGGAAAAAUGUGGUUGUAGCUGGAAGAUCCAAGAAUGUAGGGAUGCCCAUUGCCAUGCUUUUACACACUGAUGGAGAGCACGAACGGCCAGGAGGUGAUGCAACCGUGACAAUAGCUCACAGAUACACUCCCAAAGAACAAUUGAAGAUCCAUACACAGCUGGCAGAUGUUAUCAUAGUAGCUGCCGGUAUUCCUAAGUUGAUCACAUCUGAUAUGGUUAAAGAAGGUGCUGCUGUAAUUGACGUGGGUAUCAACUAUGUCCACGACCCAGUGACAGGAAAGACAAAACUGGUUGGAGAUGUGGACUUUGAAGCUGUUAAGAAGAAGGCUAGCUAUAUCACUCCAGUUCCAGGAGGCGUCGGACCCAUGACAGUGGCAAUGCUUCUGAAGAACACUCUUCUGGCAGCUAAGAAACUCAUUUCCUAAUUCACACGAGAGAAUAGGGCAAACUGAAGUCAUGCUAUUUAUUUAUUUGACAAAGGGUGUAAACACCUUUAUAUUUUACUACAAAGCUAUUUGUUUCUACAUCGUAUUUAUUUUUUUCAUGGAUGGAAUCAUACUGGACCAGAUGACUCAUACGACUUUAUGCAUUUCUUGCCAACAGAUUUUGAGUUUUAGGAUAAAACAAAAUAAUUCCAAUGAAAACUUUGGUAACAACGGCUUAUUUUGUGAAUACUAUUUGUUCAUAAUAUCAAACCAUAAAGGGCUCAUAAUAAAUGAAUAUAUUUUUUGACACAAAUAUCACACAAAGUAUGUUUUCAACCAAUGUCUUGUCAGCCAAAUGGGUGCCCUCAUAAAUUGUAAUUUAGGUUUGGACAUAAGCAUGCUCAAUUUUUAUAUAUUUUAUGUGUCUCAUAUGCUGAAAAAGAGCUUACUUGUAAAGGAAAGAUAAAACAGUAAAAAUCAAAUCUUGAUCUUGUA